UUUUUAAUGUGUGAAAAUGGAGAGCUUUCGGCCUCGGAGGUCUAAGGUGACGAGCAUUGCUGAGAGGAGCGCCGUCGGAGGACGAUUCGCCUCCGCUGAGCGAGCUCACAGAAGAGGAAACAGGCAGGUUCUGAAACAGAGAGACUUUCGGAAAUUGGCCUCAGAUUCGAGUUCUUGCAGUAGUGGCUCUACCGGCGAAGACUGGUUCCCCUCUGAAUUGGGCAGGAGAUCUUCACAGCAAGCUGUUGGAACUCCAAUAAAGAAGUUAUUGGCUGAGGAGAUGGUGAGAGAAACCGAACCUAGAAGGAGAUCACCAAGCUUAAUUGCCAAAUUGAUGGGUCUUGAUGGGCUGCCACCUCAGCAGCCUGCUGAUAGACAAUCAAAGGGCAUUUCAGAGAAUUAUCUUCAGAAGAAAAGAUCGGUAGAGAAAGAGCACAGAAGCAGUAUGUCUCAUGACCGCCAUUCAUCUAGGAAGAACUCAAGGGUGCAGCAGGAGUUUAAGGAUGUGUUUGAAGUUUAUGAACCUGCAAGGAUUUACUCAUCUCGAGGAAGUGCUAACCCAAAGCUCAGUGAUGCUGAAAUGGCUUUUGUUCGACAGAAAUUCAUGGAUGCAAAACGCCUUUCAACAGAUGAGAGGCUACAGGAUUCAAAGGAGUUCCAUGAUGUGCUUGAGGUGCUGGAAUCUAACAAGGAUAUUCUAUUGAAAUUCCUUCAGCAACCAGACUCAUUGUUCACAAAACAUAUGCAUGAUCUGCAAGGUGGUCCUCAAUCCCUUUGUGGUCGCAUAGCAUCUUUGAAGCCAUCAGAAGCUCAAAAGUAUGAAAACAUUGACCUUGGCUUCACAUCAGCAAGAGAGCAGAAGCAUCGCUGUAAAUCUCCUCAGAAGCAUCGGGAUUCUUUUUCUAGCCACUCUGACAGUAGACAUCCUCUUGAAUCAUCACUAAACCGACCAGAAGUGAAAAUUGAAUCUGCCAUUCAUCCUACAAUUCAUCCUACAAGGAUAGUUGUUCUGAAACCAAACCUUGGGAAGGUGCUGAAUGCUCCCAAAACAUCACCUUGUUCUCCUCGUGCUUCUAUGUUAGAUGGUGGCAAACACGCUGAAUUUCUGAGCAUUAGAAACAGGGAGGCAGAAUCAUGUGGAAGGAAAAACGUCCAAGAUAAUGAUGGGCAUCUGAGACACAAGUCUAGAGAAUCUAGAGAAAUUGCUAAGGAAAUCACAAGGAAAAUGAGAAAUAACUUUAGCAGUAAUUCUGUGCGUCUUUCCUCCUCUGGUUUGAAAGGAUAUGCUGGUGAUGAGAGUUCUUGUAGCAUGUCUGAGAAUGAAUCUGCAAACGAGUCAGAGAGGAUGUCGGUGGCUUCCAGGCAUUCCUUUCACAUAAGUAACCACUCCAGGCCUUCAUCGUCGUGCUCUACUGAAUCAUCUGUGAGUAGAGAGGCCAAGAAGAGGCUCUCAGAGAGGUGGAAACUGACACACAAGUCCCAAGAAAUGGGACCUGUGAGCAGGGGCAGCACACUUGGUGAAAUGCUUGCUGUCCCAGACAAGGAAACGCGAGCUGCUAAUUUGAAUGCCAUGAUUGGUGAGGCAGGAUUCAGAGAUACAUUUUCUACUGAAGGGGUGGACCUCUGGGUAUCAGCAGUAGGGAUGUGUGUUUGGAAGUUUUAA